UGCGGUUAUUGACCUCCAUAGUUCCAGUGAUCCGUUAGGCAAGUUUCGACCCAACAACUGCUAUGAAAACAAAGUUUAAAUAGUUUAUGGCAGUUUCUUUGUUCCAGUGCGGCAAAAUGCAGCUUUUACUGCUGCUUCACCUGUGCCUGGUGUACCUUGGACUCUCUGGGGCCAAUACUGGUCGGAAUUUUCUCAUGAUGUUCCCACCUCACAAUGACCCCGCAGCCAAUGCUAGCCACAGAGUAACUAUAACGGCUACUGGUGUUGGGACUUCAGUCGCUGUGAAAGUUCUGCGAAGUGACUUCAUGCGUAACAUCUCCCUCGCUGCCACUCAGUCUCAGACUAUUCACUUGCCUUCGUCUGUGGGAAUGGCCAGCGCUCGCUCCUCCUCCCCCCUCAGUAUCGCGUCUGUACAGCCAGUUACAGUUCUUGCGACGUUAUGCACCCAGACUGGAUGUGAGCAUAGCCUCCUACGUGAUGCGUCUUCCUGGGGGACCCACUACUAUCCCGUUACCCCGAACUUCCCAAGUCGGACAUCCGUCAGCGAAAUGGUUGUCACCAACUCCGACCGAGAGACCUCUGUAGAAAUUUUCCUCUCCGGGGAACUGAUCUUUAAUGGAACCUUAUACCCUGAGGGGAGUGUCCUUAAGUUGCAUUUAGGGUCGUUUGAGAGCAUCUACGUUCAAAGUAAUUUCAGCCUUUCUGGUUCAGAGCUUUAUGCCCAAGAAUCUGUCGGGCUUGUAGUUGGUUUUACCUGCAGAAACCACUCAUUAGAAGGUUGCCAGUACGGAUUUGCUGAACUUAAACCAGUCUCUCUCUGGAGUUACGAAUAUUUUGUCCCUCCCCUCGUAAAAGCUGGAACAAGUCCCAGUCUCCUGUUAGCCAUGACGAAUAUAAACUCUAACCUAGUUCUCAGCACUAGUAAUGGACAGACCAGUGUGUCUUUAACUGGAGGGCUAAUGAAGACCAUCCCAGUUGGUGCCUUGGAUGAAGUUCACGUCAUUAGCGAUGUUCCGCUUCAGCUCAUUUAUUUCAGACGUGACAUCGAACGCGUGCUACAACGCUUACAGCGUUGCUCUCUGUAGAUGAGAUCUGUCAGAAUGGGCAAAUGUUUGAUGCAGAAAAUUUCACUUCGCUCCCACAAAACUUGACCGAGUCAAAGUUUUCCGACGAGUCCGACAAUGCGGGCUCCGGCUCUACUUAUGCAGCGGAUGUGGGACACUAUCUGAUCACGAUGAAAAAUGAGUCUCAUCUAUCGGUGUGUGGAAAAAAAAUAUCCCCCUGUGAUACGCACUGCGGUCACAAACGGCUGUGCUCCUUCGGAAAUGAAACUCAAUUAUGUUCCUCAAAAACAAAAAUAUGCUCCGCUUGGGGUGAUUCUUACUAUCGCACCUUUGAUGGGAAAGAUUUUGUCCUCCUGGGAAAUUGUAAUUAUACCUUCGUGCAGACCACCUGUCCAGGCGUAAACGCUUCCACGCCGCUACAGGUUAAUAUAGCCCGAGCGUAUUUGGCUGAUGCCACCGUCUCCAGUAUUCACAGUUUGGAGAUUAAAAUCCAAGGUUUCAAUAUAUCCAUGGUUAAAGGAGAGCAAAAUCAAAUUAGGGUUAAUGGACAUAGGGAGUACCUGCCCGUCAUCUUGGGUGAUGGGAUCCUAAGAGUGUAUCCAAGUGGUCUUGGUGUUGUUCUGGAUACUUCAUUUGGCAUAACACUGCAGUAUGACUGGGUUCAUAAUAUUCAUGUUGAAGCAGGCCCGGAGCUGUACGGACUUCUGUGUGGUCUUUGUGGAAAUGCCAAUGACGGCACCUCCAAUGGCACCGUUGUCUCUAAUGGUACUAAUCAGUCCAGAACUAUAGAUUUCACUCUCCCCUGGGUGUUGGACAGCAAUACGGCUGUGUGUAUGGAAGACUGUGAAGAUGGCCAAUGUCAAGUGUGUGGUCCCACGCAAUCCUAUCCUGGCAAAAAGGGCAAAUCCUUUGAGAAUAAAUGCACUAUACUGAAGAGGAAGGAUGGACCUUUUAGUGGCUGUCAUGUCUAUAUUGAUCCUAAAGCCUUUGUUCAUAGUUGUGAGAACAACCUGUGUCUCAGUGGAACGGCCAGUUCAGUAUGUAAAGUCUUUACAGCUUAUGCCAACAUGUGCCAGAGGCUUGGGGGCAGGGUCCAAAACUGGAGAGCAGUCACAAAGUGCCAUCUGGCUUGUCCGGUGAAUAGCCAUUAUGAGGAGUGUGGCUCUUCCUGCCAGGCUACAUGUGGUGACCCAGAGCCCCGCCGUAAUUGUUCCCUCCCUUGUGUGGAAUUAUGCCAGUGCAACAGGGGAUAUCUGCUAAGUGAUGGCAAGUGUGUUUUGCCCAGCAUGUGUGGUUGUGUUCAAAAUGGCUCCUAUUAUCUCCCCGCAAAGACCUUUUGGAAGGGGGAGCAGUGUCAAGAGAAAUGCCUCUGCCAGCCUCAGUCUAAGACCGUAAUGUGCGCUCAGUCUCGCUGCCAGGUUGGAGAAGUCUGCAAGGUUAUAAAUGGAGUCCUUGGCUGCCACGCCGGCGGACCCGGCCUUUGCGUGGCUCAAGGAGAGCCUCACGUCACCACAUUUGAUGGCCGGAUAUUUGAAGUUCACGGAAACUGUAGUUAUCUACUCACGUCGCACUGUCCCGCGUGGGGAGAGCUGCAAGACUUCAGUGUUGAGGUUCAGAGCACCGUCAAAAAGCCAGGCAAGAUUUUUCGACACGUCGAAAUGUCUGUCACUGGGUAUUCCAUUCAGAUGUCAUACAUGUGGCCUAGCAAGGUUAUGGUCAACGGUCAGCUGCUGAACCUUCCUUCUGUUUUGAGCCAAGGCAAAGUAAUGCUGUACCUGAAAGGACAGGCUAGGUGUAUAGAAACAGACUUUGGUGUCAUUGUGACAUACAGCCCGGACAUUGUGACUGUCACGAUGCCCAAGGUCUUUGCGGGUAAUCUGUGUGGACUCUGCGGGAACUUUAACGAUGAGCCGCAGGAUGACCUGGUGCCAGAGGACUUUGAUAUUAUGCAAGCCAUCAGACCCUGGAGGACCAGCUAUGAACAUGAAUGUUGGGACGUGCCCAUGAACAACUCGGGCUGCAGUCCACAAAAACAGGAUCUUUAUCAGGGGAAGGAUUUCUGUGGAAGGUUAACGGAUCCUCAGGGGCCAUUCCAGCGCUGCCACAAAACUGUGGAUCCGCAAGAGAUCUAUGAUAACUGUGUUCACGACCUCUGCAAUUGGAACCAGACAACCCUUUGCCAGGUUCUGUCCAGCUAUGUUGCGGUUUGUCAAGAAAUGGGGGCUGGUGUGGAUGAAUGGAGAGCUUCCAGCUUCUGCCCUCUCAAGUGCCCACCAAACAGUGAAUAUCACCUCUGUUCCAGUCACAGGUUUGCCUGUGCUCAAAACCCAAGUUCUCGCUCCGAGAAAUGCAAGGAGGGCUGUUUUUGCAAACCUGGGUUUUUCCACAGUGCUGGGGAAUGUGUCCCAAAUUCUGAAUGCGGCUGCAGUCAUAAUGGUAGUUACUAUGAACUCCAGGAAAAAUUCUACCCAGACGAGAACUGCUUCCGCUCUUGUGUGUGCGUGAGCCACAACGUCGUGAAAUGUAGAGGGCACACGUGCCCAGCCGGGACAAAAUGUGCCGUCAAGCACGGCCGACGUGCGUGCCACGCCACGCAUUUGAAAUGCACGAUCAUGGGCGGAAGACACUUGCAGACCUUCCACGGACAUGCAUUUGAUUUGAACAACAACUUGCGUCACCUCCUAUUCCAGCCAUGUGACAAUCCCGGAUUUGCUGCCGUUUUCCACGGACGGCGGCUGCACCUAAGAAUCAAUGACAUGAGCCUGAUGCUGUCCAGAGAGUAUUUUGGAAAAGUUGAGAUCGACGGUGUCGUGAAGGCCCUUCCUGUUAACAUGAACGGUGUCUCCGUGCUGCCUUCUGGUUUACUGACUCGUAUCAUCGCAGCGGCCACUAGCACUGUGGUCACCUUCGGAGGACCUUCCAUCAUACAAAUAACGAUCCCAGCCACAGACAAGAGGCUGUGUGGCUUGUGUGGAAAUUCAGUUUCUACUGCUGCUACAAAUAAGCAAAGAAGUGUGUCAGAUGACUUCGUGCAACCAUCUUCCCGGUGCUUUUCUCCCACGGGAGCAAACUGCUCUGUUGACUGCCAUGACUGUCUUUUAUGCAAUGCCACAAAGGAAUUUGAAUCUGACGACCUCUGCGGCACGUUGCUUGCUCCUGAAGGCUCUUUUGGGGUUUGCCAUUCCGCCGUGGACCCAAUGCCGUUUUUCCAGAACUGUGUGAACGAUUUGUGUAGGUCAAAUAACACGGAAUUGUUCUGUGACAGUUUGAGACAAUACGCAUUUGCGUGCCAGGAUGCGGGAGCUGAGGUCAAACCAUGGAGGGGGAAUAAGUGUGCACUUUCAUGCACUGGACACUCCCACUACAAUGUAUGUGUUGGUGCAUGUUCAGAGUCCUGUGCCAUUUUAUCUGAUGUAGCCUGUCCAUGGCCUUGCUAUGAAGGAUGUCAAUGUGACGCUGGAUACUUGCAGAGUACAAAUGGCUGUGUCAGGCCUGAACAAUGCGGCUGUUUCUACCUUGGGCAAUACUAUGAGGUUGGGGAAGUUCUUUGGAAUGUGAACUGCACUAAGAAGUGUAACUGCUGUUCUGCUGCCACCCUGUGUUGUAGAGCAGCCUCUUGCCCCAGGGGUCAGAACUGUGUAUUUAAGGAAACCUGGCAUUGUGAAAAGGAAAAAACAUUGUUCUGCCCAGUAAAUAGCCAUUAUGAAUCCUGCGGGACAGCCUGCCCUUCCACAUGCGGGGGCCAUGCCGAUUCACCCUGCGCCCAAGGUUGUGAAGAAGGAUGUCAGUGUGACCCCGGGUUUCUUCUGGAUGGCGACACCUGUGUCACCCCAUCUCAGUGUGGCUGUACAUACAACGGAGACCGUUACCAUAGCAACGAGACCUUUUGGGCUGAUUCGUGUACUAAACUGUGUACGUGUGACCCCCACACCCACCAGAUCCAUUGCCACGAGGCUUAUUGUGGCGACGACGAGUAUUGUGGUCUUCAAAACGGAACGAGAAGCUGCGUGCCGCACAAUUAUACGAUCUGCCGCUACAGUGAUCAUCGUGUGGUCACCUUCGACAAGCGGGAGUAUAAUUUCCUUGGCACCUGCCAGUAUCAGUUACUGGGCGUCUGUGAGCAGUCGCAAGGUCUCGAUGUCAUCACGGUUGACGUGCAGACGGAUGCGUAUAAUCAGUCAGCACAAAAUGUCUUUGUCGGCAUAAAUGGCCAACAUGUGAAACUGAACAGCCAAAAUCCAGACAGCAUAGAGGUUAAUGGCGUAAAGAAGAACAUGCCAGUCUAUGUCAACAGAACCGCCUUGGUGCUCUCGUUGGGGCUGCACACGUACAUCUACUCUAAUUUUGGCUUUUUAAGCGUUAGCAAAGAAGGGCUCAUAGUCAUUAGUCUCUCGAGUACAUACGCUAAUACUACUUGCGGCCUUUGCGGUAACUUCAAUUCUGAUCCCGCCGAUGACCUCACGGUGAAUGGCACACAGGAGAAUCUCACUCCAGAACAAUUUGGGAAAGCUUGGCGGGUUGGAAUAAACCACUGGUGUGCGGAAGGCUGUCAAGGUGGAAGCUGUCCGAAUUGUUCAUCUGAGGCUUUGAACCGCUUCUCUGACCCAACCGCUUGCGGAAAGAUUCUGGAAGUUAAUGGACCAUUCAAACACUGUCAUAGCAAAGUGGACCCCUUCAGCUUUUACAAGAACUGCGUCAGUGACCUGUGCCUUUAUGGAGAUGUGCUGCCUGCAGUGUGUCGUUCCCUGGCUGAGUAUGCUGAAGUCUGCCUUCGUCGCAAGGCUUUAGUUUAUGCCUGGAGGACUCCUGAAUUUUGCUAUGAUUCCUGUCCGAGCAGUACGACCUACAACACGAGUAUCUCCCCUGUCGAGAUUUGCCUUGGCUGGCUUCAAUUAACAAUCGAGCUGCCUCCAAACAUCGGCGAGAAUUGCCUCUGUGAAGCAGGUUUACUCCAUAGCGCGGGCCGCUGCGUCCACCCGGCAAACUGUGGCUGUCUGCACGGAUCGGCUUCUGCAGAGUACAUCUUACCAGGACAGGAGGUGUCGACAUGUGAGCAGACGUGUUCAUGUCAUCCCGGUGGAAACUUGACGUGUGUUGACGCGCCAUGUAGUCCGGAUGAAGAGUGCGCCCUUAUUAGGGGCGUUCAAGGUUGCCACCCCAAAGUUAAAAAGGCUCACUGCUCAAUAAAUGGAUCCCAAUUAAGUACUUUUGAUGGACUGGCAUUUGAACUUAACGAUACGUGCAACUCCACUCUGGUUCGCACGUGCGCUCUUGAGGACCCGAAUCUGGAGCCAGUUUUGAUCUCUUUGUAUACAAACCACAGUGGAGGCUACCAAAUCUAUCUGGAAGUUAACAAUAUGACUUUUGAAAUGUCAACUGCUUAUCCUGAAAAGAUACAGGUUAAUGAAGUUUCUGAGAACCUCCCAUUCUCAGGGAACAAUGUAACUGUGCAUCACGAAAACGGACGGAUGAUUAUCAAGACUUCACAUUUAGUAGAGAUUAUUUUGGACCUUGGUAAUUACUUGGAGGUCAAGCUACCAAAUGCUUAUAAGUGGUCAACAUGUGGUCUUUGUGGGAACUACAAUGGCGAUCUCUCAGAUGACCUGCAGCUACCCAACUGUACUGCCACCUCCGAUUCAGACAUGUUCGGGGAAUCGCGGAAGCUGUCAAGCUCUGAAUCCUCCUGCAACGAAACGUGUAACGGCACCUGCCCCGGUUGCCUGUCCCUCGCGUCACAGAAUACCACCGACCUGUCCUGUAGUCUAGUCACCCAGCCGACAGGGCCCUUCUCACCUUGUCACAAUUCAACAUGCCCUCAAAAAUACUACGCCCUGUGCCUGAAUAACUCAAAUGAUGGAGAGAGCCAAACGGACGCUUUGUGUGGCGCAUUAGAGAUGUAUGAGGCAGCAUGCAAAAUGGCUGGUGUGAAUGUUCACCCCUGGAGGAACAUCACGGGCUGUGCUCAGAAAUGCCCUCAGUUCAGCAACUUCAGCCAAUGUGCCAACGUUUGCUCCUCGCUCUGUCCCGAGAUCAGCUUUGCUACGGAAUGUCCCGGAAGCUGCGAGGAAGGAUGCCAGUGUGACGCCGAUCACCUUUACGAUGGGCAUGAGUGUGUUCCAGCAGAGCUUUGUGGCUGCAUGCACGAAGGGACGAGCUUUCAGGCCUCUGAAAAUAAACUUCUACAAAACUGUACUAUGAACUGCACCUGUGGGCCUCCACUUAUCUGCGAGGCUCACAAGUGUCCACCUUUGCACAGUUGUCUGGUUUUAGAUGGAAUGGCUGGCUGCCACGCAGAUGAGCCAGACCAAGAUCCCUGUGAGGGAAAAUGCGACAUAUCCGAGCGAUGCUACCUGAGCAACGGUGUAACUGUUUGCGAGAGCAAACCGGGUCAGUGCUGGACCUGGGGAAGCCACCACUACCACACUUUUGAUGGCUUCAACUACGACUUCAAGGGUACCUGCACCUAUCUGCUUUCCGGCAGCAAAGGCGGCGCAGGUGGAACGACACCUUUCACGGUGUCAAAGAAGAGCGAUUGCAAAGAAGUUUCAUCCAUGCAGCUGGUGACUGUACAAGCGUAUGGGUUUGUGAUCGCCUUUGUGGACCAGGGCAGUAUACGAGUUAACGGUCAAGUAAAUUACAUUCCCGUCACUCUGCUUCGUGGUAAGAUUGAAGUUUCAAACAAGGAAGGCAAAACUCUACUGAAAACUGACUUUGGGCUGAACGUACUGUUUGACUGGAAUAGCACCAUCCUAAUAAGAUUGGACCCCAACUAUAAGGCUGUCGUCUAUGGCCUGUGUGGCAAUUUUAACGGCGAUCCUCAAGACGACUACGGAAUACAUUUGCAAGGCUUCCCACCUGCCACGACAAGUGUGGAGUUGGCACAGGCUUAUCGCAUCUUUGACGGCGAUCAUAACUGCUGUACCGGUUGUAAAAUGGAAUUGAAUCUUACUUCGCUGAUGGAAGACGCGCCCGACGGAACCGCUGCCCGUCGUAAAAUUCACUGCAACGACCUCGUCGAUCCAACUGGUCAAUUUGCGCGCUGUCACAGCCACGUCAACCCGGAAUCUUUUUAUGAGCGAUGUAUAGCUGACUUCAUGCAAAAACGGUCGGAGGCUUCUCUUAAACAGGCGACAUCAUCCUAUUCUGUUGUUUGUGACGAGUUAAGUGACUUCCCCCCUGAACUGACAAUGGCUGUGAGCUGUCCGCCAAACAGCCACUACAAGACUUGUGGCUCAGCCUGUCCCCCAACCUGCGGAUUAAAAAGCAGACUCUGUCAUCAGGCUUGUGUCCAAGGCUGCUUCUGUAACCCGGGCUUCCUCGCCAGUCCGGAGGGUUGUGUGCCGCCUCGGCGAUGCGGUUGCACGGACUCUACUGGCAAAUACUACCACCUCAACGCUGCUUUCUGGAUCCCGGAUGACUGCGGACAAUUUUGCAUCUGUCAACCAGGAAAAACCAAGUGCAGCUCAUCGCAGUGCCCGAAAGGAAUGUCCUGCAAGCGACUUCCUCACAAAAGAGUGUGUCAAGCUGACAGACCUCAGAACUGUACCGUUGUCACUGGGCUGCACUUUACAUCCUUCGAUGGACAUCGUUAUGACUUCAGGGACAGUUGCGCUUAUAUAUUAGUUCAGACGAACUCCAAUCUAAAUGGAUUUGCACCGUUCAACAUCACCAUCUCCGACGCAAGUUGUCAUAAAAGAUUCUUCCAUAGCCUAACUUUAACUCUUUCAAUCUACGACCUGGAGAUGGUAGUCCGCAAAGAAGAUCCUGACAAACUAUUUGUUAAUGGACUGCAUAAACCUUUGCCAUACUUGCACCAUAAAGGCCACGUCCAUGCUUUUCUCACACCUUCGUCACUAGUUAUUCACGUAGAUACAGGGUUGCAGUUGAUUAUCUACAAAACUGGCACCAUGGUGGUUGUCCUCCCUGGCAGUUACGCAUCAUCCGUUCGCGGUCUCUGCGGGAAUGCCAACUCCGACCCUUACGAUGACCAAAUGAUGCCAGAUGAAGAGCAAGCCCCAAAUACGCUCGCGUUUGCUCACAGCUGGAGGUUGGGAGGAGCAGCGGCCUGUCGGUCCCGCUGCGCUUCCGCGCCAAAGAAUUGCCCUUCGGAUGCGAUGAAAGUGUUUGAGGGGGGUGAUUUUUGCGGGGUCCUCGGAGAUGAACUCGGCCCGUUUGCAGAGUGCGCUUUAGUUUUGAGUCCGAAGCCCUACUUCAAGAACUGUUUAGCGGACGCCUGUUUUUACGGAGGCUAUUACUUGGCCCUUUGCAAUGCCGUUGCAGCCUAUUCAGCUGCCUGCCAAGCAGCUCAGUUACCCGUCAGGCACUGGCGGAGUGACACCUUUUGUGGUAUAAGAUGCCCCAAGAACAGUCACUACGAGCUGUGCGGGCCCCGCUGUCCCGUCACGUGUGCGGGACUUUCCUCUGCAACUACCUGCAGCGGCGGUUGCGAGGAGGGUUGCCAGUGUGACGCUGGCUAUAUCCUCAGUAAUGAUCGUUGCGUAUUGGAGGCAGACUGUGGCUGCUUACACGAGGGACAAUACCAUCUUCCUGGUUACUUUUCUGACUCAAAAAGCUGUCAGAUUUGUUACUGUCAUAAGAGGAAAGUGUCUUGCAGACCAUCACCUUGUAAGCCCGUAAACGACCUCCCAGCAAGCGUUGGCCUCUUUGAUUCAAGACCCUGGCGUAAUGAAGCGUGUGAAAUUCUUGCUGGGUUUGGCUACAUCACUUUUGACAAUUUAGUAAUACCACACUACGGCGCUUGCACCUAUUUAGUGUCCGAACGCUCUCCCAAUGAAACUCACGGCCACCGGCUGCUGCUUAGCUUCGAGAAGCACAGCGAUGGCACUUUUAUCGUGAGCAAGCUGGUGUUUGUUUUAGCUGAAGUGGAGAUGAGCGUGGAUCCAGAAAUGCGGUGGAAAAUACAAGUAAAUGGUGAAGACCACAAGGUGCCCUACAGUAAUGAUGCACUCAAAGCUUAUGAAUAUGACGGUCGGUUAGUCAUUUCGUCUGUGGCUGGCGUGAGGCUUGAGCUGUCUGCCGCAAAGCAUCUCAGGCUGAGCGUACCGCGGCGUUACAACGGCACAGUUUCAGGCCUCUGCGGGAAUUUCAACGGGGACAAAUCGGACGACCUGGAGUUAAAAAGCGGUUAUCUUGCCGAAAGUAUCGCCGAUUUCUUGACUAGCUGGUCUGUCGGCGCUCCCGGACAGAAUUGCAGUGAGAUUUGUGGAAAGGACUGUGGUCAGUGCACGCAGUCUUUCAAGGCUGAAACAGUUUGUGACCUCCUCUUGGCCACGAGUAUCGAAUUCAAUCACUGCUGGAACCAGGGCAUUAAACCCCAACUAUACAGAGACGCGUGCCUCGGAGCCAUUUGCGGGGGGGCGGAUGAUAACGAAGCUGUAUGUCUAGCGCUGGAAGCCUACGCGGCAGCCUGCCAGGCUGAAGGGAUAACUGUGGGUUCCUGGAGAGAAAAGAGCCCCUGCUCUUUCAAGUGUCCAGACCGCAGCAGCCCAAGCCGGUGUGUCGAUGCCAGUUCCAGCUCGUGUCCCGCUCUGCUCCGGCCGGGGUCCUCGGCAGUCGGCUGUUCGGGAGGGUGCCAGUGCCAGCAUGGGAACGUGUUCGAUGGCGGGGAAUGCGUACCCGUCGGCCAGUGCGGGUGUGUGGCUCAUGGUCGAUACAUCCAGCCGGACGAGCAGCUGUACAGUGAGAAUUGCACAGAGCGAUGCUGGUGCCACCCUCUAGGUGGCGCCUUGUGUGAGAAGGCAGCCUGCGGCCCUGGCCAGAUGUGUUUACUGAGCGAGGGCUCCUGGAACUGUGCUGGACAGAAAGUCUGUCAACUCAGACGCGGCCUGCGGGUCUCGACUUUUAAUGGACGGCAGCCGAGCUUGGCACCAAAAACCGCUUACAAGCUGACGGGCCUUUGCAACGAGAAGUCUCCUGAUUGGUUCAGCCUGAUUUCUUACUACGGGCCUUGCAAUGGGACUGGGACCAGGCUCGAUACAGUGUUCCAAAUCCUCCUAGUGGGAUUCUCCAUCGUUAUCCAGGAUGGUGUUGUGAAGGCCAACGGGGACGUCGUGCCGCUGCCUUACACGACGCCUUCAGGGGUUUUGCUGUCGUCCGGCGUUGCCUGGGACAAGUCUGAGGCGGUGGUGGUCCUGAAGAGAAAUGCUGGACUGGAAUCUGAGUUGCAAAUGGAGAUCGGCGUCACUAACGUCACGCUCAAGGCGGCUCCUUGGUACGCUGGGAAACUGUGUGGAAUCUGUGGCGAUCUUGAUGACCCCCACUCUCGUACGUCGGUCAGUUCGUGGGCGCUCUCUGAUUUUCAAGCCUGCCUCAGACAAGGAUCUGGCAGUGUAAAUCUACAUGUAUAAAUGAAUUGUAUAAAAUUAAAAAUGCUGAAACUCA